CAUCGCGUAUUCUUUCCUGCAGUAUAUUUCUUUCAAAAAUAAACGACUAUUGUACAUCUACAUUUCAGCUAAAUUUAUCAUAAUCGGCGGGCGUGGACGUGGCUGCUGUAGCUUCUGUUGCAAGAGUUCGGUGUUCACAGAUUUGGCGCCGCAGCAACGUGUUUCUACGACUUUCUUCAUAAUGAUAGCCCUUAUUAUCCUCGGCAUAUCUCUCUUACUUUUCGUCUAUGUCUUUCGUAAAAAUCGCAAAACGCUCCGACUUCCACCGGGACCAUCCGGCAUUCCGCUGCUCGGUUAUUUGCCGUGGAUAGAUCCUGUACGUCCUCAUGUGUCGCUGACAGAACUGGCGAGAAAAUAUGGCCCGAUUUGUGGACUAAGAAUGGGCUCUGUCUACACAGUAUUGUUAUCGGAUCCGCAGCUGAUAAGACAGACCUUUGCUAAGGAUGCGUUUGCUGGCCGGGCUCCAUUGUACUUGACGCACGGAAUGAUGCAGGGAUAUGGUCUCAUUUGCGCCGAGGGUGACCUUUGGAGGGAUCAAAGAAGAUUUGUAGCUGGAUGCUUGAAGAAUUUCGGCAUGACGAAGCUACCCGGUGCCAAGAGAAACAGAAUGGAGGAAAGAAUCCUUGCGGCCGUGAACGAGUGCACGUCGAAACUAAAGAAACUUAGUAUGGAAGAUGAUAUUGAUCCGUUCGAGACGCUUCAUCACUACGUGGGUAAUAUGAUGAACGACCUCGUGUUUGGUAAAGUUUACAAGGAGGACGACAAGGUGUGGAAGUGGCUGAGACAUCUGCAAGAGGAAGGAGUGAAGCACAUCGGGGUCGCGGGGCCGCUCAAUUUUUUGCCAUUUCUCAGAUUUUUACCACGAUAUGGCAAAUUAAUGGAGUCACUUAUCAAUGGCAAGCUGAAAACACAUCAACAAUAUCAAGCGAUCAUCGACGAGCAUCGUGCUCAACGCGAGAAAACGGAUAACUUUCUUGCGGCUUUCGACAACGCAAUGAAUACCAAUGCGGACAACGGAUAUUUCACACAACAGCAAUUUUAUCAUCUGCUAGCCGAUCUUUUCGGUGCAGGAACUGACACCACUCUUACCACUUUUCGUUGGUUCUUACUCUUUAUGGCGGUAUAUCCGGACGAGCAAAAAAAGAUUCAGGAUGAAAUGGACGAAAUUUUGGGACGAAAGUUACCCAGUCUGGACGACAGGCCACUUUUAAUUCAAUUGGAGGCGGCCAUUGCGGAGACACAAAGAUUACGGAGUGUAGUACCGGUUGGCAUUCCUCAUGGAACAAUAGAGGACACCCAAAUAGGCGAUUACGACGUACCAAAGGGCACCAUGGUUAUUCCGUUACAAUGGGCUAUUCACACUGAUCCUUCGUAUUGGCACGAUCCAUCAUUGUUUAAACCUGAAAGAUUUAUUGCUGAGGAUGGAAAUCUGGACAAACCGAAAGCCUUUUUACCAUAUCAGACAGGUAAACGUAUGUGCGUCGGCGACGAACUAGCCAGGAUGAUGUUAUUUCUGUUCGCCGCAAGAUUUCUUCAUUCAUUCGUUAUCUCCAUACCAUCCGGUACACAUAUCGAUCUGGAAGGCGAGUGCGGAAUUACUCUAGUACCAAAACCGCACCGUUUAAUUUUUACAUCACGGGAAUAAGCUUAAUACAUACAUGCGCAAUGAUAUCUUUUCAUAUGUGUAACAUUCUAUGCAACAAAGUAUAUUUGUAAAAAAUAUUUUUUUAUGGAAAUAUUAUAUGUACACAUAAUAUGUACACAUUAAU